CACAUCCGGGUGACAGUAGCAGCAUGUUUUAUCACAUCUUAUGCUAGUUUAUAUAUCUGUCAACAGUAAUGCCUCUCAUAGUGAUGUGUGGUUACCCCUGUAGUGGUAAAACACGCAGGGCAGAAGAACUGAAGGAUUAUUUUGAAGGGAACACCGAGAGAAAGGUUCAUAUUGUGGGAGACGGAGCUCUGGGCGUUGAGAGAAACUCAGUGUACGCAGAUUCCCAAAAGGAAAAAAAUAUCAGAGCGUCUCUGAAAGCUGAAGUAGAGAGGAAAGUCAACAGGGAAGACAUUGUAAUUUUGGAUUCAUUAAACUACAUAAAAGGCUACCGUUACGAACUGUUCUGUCUCAUCAAACAUUCACAAACACCACACUGCCUGGUAUACUGUUUGACGUCAGAUGAAGUGAGUUCAACGUGGAAUACCAACAGAGAUGCUGCUGAGCAGUACACCCAGGACAUCUUUGAUGCAUUAGUGCUGAGAUUUGAAGCUCCAGACUCCAGAAACCGAUGGGACAGUCCUCUCUUCACCAUCCUGAAAGACGACACGCUUCCAUAUGAUGCCAUUUCUGACGCACUUUUCAAAAGAAAAGCACCCCCACCAAACCAGUCCACACAGAGUCAACCAUUGUCAUCUGCAAACUUCUUGUACGAGUUGGACAAGAUCACACAAGAUGUGUUAAUGGCAAUUUUCAACGCACAGAAGACAAGUGUUCCUGGGGAUCUGAUUCCAGUUCCAGGAGCUACAGAAAAGAUCGAGCUCACCAGGAGCAUCAACAUGGCUGAGCUGAGGAAAUUACGGCGCCAGUUCAUCAGCUACGCCAAGAUGCACCCAACAGAGAACACCGGACAGAUUUCCAACAUGUUUGUGCAGUAUUUAAAUAAGAGUCUUCACUGAAACUUUUAUAGCAUUGGUUUUAUUUUUUUAUUUUCUGUGACAAAUAAAUUUAUUUAAUUA